GCAAACUCCAGUAACCCACGCUCAAGACCAGCACCCAUACCUUCCAAUCGAGAUUUUUCCGCCAUCCACGUAUAUCCUUGCAAUCCAUCCCGUUUUCAAAAAGUUUCCGUUUCAAAGCGAAUCCGCAAGCUCUUCACGAUUGUUUAUCUCGCGUGGGCCGUUUCCGCGCUUUUGAUCACUUUUCCUCCCUUCGUUACCGUGUAUACUGGGCUCAAUUUUGCCUCUUCUACGAAGCCUCCGACUAUCCCCUCCAAAUUCUAAAUCGCCUCGUCUGCUGGAUUUUUUUUCCAAAUGGAUAGUAGCAAUCUAUGGACCCGACGUUCAAACAACUCCAGCAAGCUUUCACUUUCCAUGUCCAGCUCUGACAACAACGACCAUCCCACACGUAGCUUUGCUCCGAAGAGAUUUGGCGGCGACAGUUCCUCCCACGGGAAAACGAAUCCUUUCAACGCCAUCACUCCAUUGACCACCAGUAACCUCGCCUCCCCAACCUCCAGUGCAUCUUCGGCGUUCGGGCUUGGAUCUGGCGCAUUUGCAUCUUUCGGAUCAGCCAAGACGCCCAAAUCACCGGGAAACGCACUCGAUUUUGGAAGUGCUGCCGCACCCGCAUCUACGCCGUCCCCUGCCAGUGAGAAACGGGAGAAAGAGGCGUUUCGAGAUCUAAGAGAUCUGAAGGGAAUCAGGUCCAAAGGGUCAUCCUCCUCCCUCAGAAAUAUUUCCACGGCCUCUUCAACAUCAUCAUCUGAACACAAACUUAAGUACACCUGGGUGGUCUGGUAUCGGCCACCUACCUCUAAAUAUUCGGACUACGAAAAAUCUACUAUACCCCUUGCCGCAUUCUCGUCCGUUGAAUCCUUUUGGACCGUUUAUUCGCAUCUCAAACGUCCGUCUUCGCUGCCUGCCGUCUCAGAUUACCACAUUUUUAAGAAAGGCGUUCGGCCGGUUUGGGAAGAUAAAGAAAAUCGAAAAGGUGGGAAGUGGAUUGUUCGAUUGAAGAAAGGGGUGGCGGAUCGGUAUUGGGAGGAUCUUCUCUUGGCAAUUGUCGGAGAUCAAUUCGCUGAGGCGGGCGAGGAGGUGUGUGGUGCUGUCCUCAGUGUGAGGAGUGGUGAGGAUGUCCUCAGCAUCUGGACGAAGAUUGAUGGAGGCAGGAACAUAAAAAUAAGAGAAACGGUUAAGCGGCUUCUCGCAUUCCCGCCAGACACUAAUAUCGUGUGGAAGAGCCACGAUGACAGCAUAGCACAACGCACGGCGAUCGAUCAUGCUCGCCAAGAGAAGAACAAGGAAAACAGUCACAAUCCGGACAAGCGUCGGACAAACCACAGUGAGGAGGGCACAUCAGAGAAGGUGAAGCCCGGUGCUUCAUGAUCUCUGGAGCAUGUCUCAGGCAUCCCGGCGGUGCAUGAAAUCUCUAGUCUUAUGUAUAUUAUGUUCUUGGUCAUUUUAUGCGAGAUUUUAAUGAUCUCCUGGGUGGGCUCUUCAUUCUUCUCUUAAGAGAUAUAUGUCUUGAGGUCUCAAUAUACCGAAGGCGAGCAAGGCAUCGGUUUUGCGGCGGUAUUCGGCGAUUGACUGCUCGGGUCACGGCGACAUAAGGUGCUUGAAAUCAAAAUUCUGUAUGUUAUGGACGACUUUUUGUUCACUUAGUUUAGCCAUUCAGAUCCGUGCGAGUCAUAUAUGGCGAAUGUUUCUCUAAUGGCAAAUAAAAAGUAUGAGAG